CUCUCCGGGCCAACAGCAGCGUUGCCCGGUUGAGCAAUCCAACAAGGGGUCAGUCAAAUCCGGAGAAAAAGGGAAGAUUCUGGAAGAAAGAAAAAAGAAGAAAAAAAGGUGUGGACUGGUGAAAGUGUACGACCGGUUAUUGUUUCUUUUGUUGUUUUUCCUUCGGCACUGGGGGGAAAACAUGUUUUGUGAGUGAUAGGUGGUGGAGAGGAUAUUCAUUUUUAUUCUUUUUUUUCUCCAUCGCUCUCCCACUGUAGGCUGAACCAUCCUGCCGGGCAUCGGAGAGGACUAGUCGCACCCCUGCUGCUCUGCCGCGACCCCCUCCUCCUCGGAGCGGAUCGCGCUUCGGAUAAACGUGUGUGGAUGCUGUGGCACUUUUCUCUCACAUGUUGACGUCAAAUCGCGUCUCCGGUGUGGCAAGUAAACAAGGAUAAGAUCACGGGGACACAAAGCAUGUUUAUGAAGUGAGACUUUGGUGUGCAACGGACACAAGAAGCCGGUGAGAGAGAGAGGCGGAGUCGCAGCAGGAGGAGAACCAAAAACCUGCAGGUUUGUUGAGCCUGUGGGGAUGAGGACGAGGAGGGACGUAACACAUCCAAGGGUGUCGGUGUGAUUAGAGGAGAGGAAGCUGGACGAGGAGAGCCACGGACGCGCGGGUUGACUCCAAUCCGGGGAGGCGGUGAUGGCGGGGAAAGGGACCGGGGUUCACACACUCCGCCUGCAGAGCGCAGCCCUGUCAGCAGCCGCAGCAGCAUGAGGAGGAGGAGGCUACAAGCAGCCAUCCACCCUUCCCAGCCGCCUCUGCAUCCAUCCAUCUGUCAAUACAUUCAUCCAUCUAUUUGCCCUUCCUCUUGUGUCCCAACAUCCUGCACCUCCUCUCCAUCAGAUUAGAGAGAGCAAACACAGAGGAGGUGAUGCGUAUCAUAACCUGAAGGAGGGGAGACAUAGAGCAUGACCUUGUGUUUGUCUACAGUGCCAAGGAAGAGCCUGGAAGAAGCCUCCAUGGCCAGAGAAUCAUCGCCUUCCUAGCGCCAUCAGGAGCCCCUUUAACCCUGUUGCAAGCUGCACUUGGGGGCUCAACCCUCCCCUGACUGCACCAGGGGGCUCACUACAAGCCAUCUAACAGCUCAGAUAACCCUCUGACUGUUGGUAACCACAUGUUUGAGGCGACUGUGUGUGACCGCCGCCGCCGCCGCCGUCCAUUCUCGAGCAGCAGCUUCCUGCGACCCCGAUCUGCACCAUGCAGUGGAGACGGCGGCACUGCUGUCCCAUCAAGAUGACCUGGACUGUCAAGCGUUCGCUCUUCCGGACCCAUGUGGCCGGCCUCCUCUCGCUGGCUCUUCUCUUCACCCUCUUCCUAUUCUUCAGCCACCAGGACUGGCUGCCGGGACGCAGUGGACCCCGGGAGAACCCGCUGGCCUACACUGUCCGGGGCUUCCGCAGCCCAAAGGGAGAAGCCAACCAGAGCAGCUCCCUGAGGAGCCUGUGGAGGGAGACGGGGUAUGUGGCCCCAAAGCCUCUGCUCAACCUCAGCUCCCAGCAGGCGGAUGGGGCAACGGGGGAGACUGCAGGAGGUGGAGGAAGCAGGACGGGCGUUAUGGGGCUCGGGGACUCGAUGAGCACCAACAACAGUUUACAGAAGGAGAUGGGUGUGGGAGGGAGGCUCAGCGCUCAGCCCUACCGCUACAUCCUGAACGAGCCGUUCAAGUGCAGGGACAGCAUGCCCUUCCUCAUCAUCCUCAUUGCCGCAGAACCUGGCCAGGCCGAUGCCCGCAACGCCAUCCGUCAGACAUGGGGGAAUGAGAGCAUAGCAAUGGGCCUGGGGUGUGUCCGUCUUUUCCUGCUCGGCACAGGAAAGAGCUCAGACACCUACCUCCAGAGCAGCAUCGAGGAAGAGAGUCGCAUUCAUCUCGACAUCAUCCAGCAGGACUAUCAGGACACUUACUACAACCUGACCAUUAAAACCCUGAUGGGUAUGAACUGGGUGGCCACCUAUUGCCCACACGCCUCCUAUGUGAUGAAGACAGACAGCGACAUGUUUGUCAAUACAGAGUAUCUCAUCCAAAAGCUGCUGAAGCCCGAGCUGCCGCCCAAGCAGCGGUACUUCACCGGCUACCUGAUGAGGGGCUAUGCACCGAACCGAAACAAGGACAGCAAGUGGUACAUGCCGCCGGAGCUGUACCCGAGUGAGCGCUACCCGAUAUUCUGCUCGGGCACGGGCUACGUGUUCUCAGGGGACAUGGCUGAGCUGAUCUACCAGGCCUCGCUCAGCAUACGCAGGCUGCACCUGGAGGACGUGUACGUGGGGAUCUGCCUGGCGAAGCUGCGCAUCGACCCGGCGCCCCCUCCCAACGAGUUCCUCUUCAACCAUUGGCGGGUGUCUUACUCCAGUUGUAAGUACAGCCACCUGAUCACGUCCCAUCAGUUCCACCCCAACGAACUCAUCAAGUACUGGAACCACUUGCAGAGCAACAAGCACAACGCCUGCGUCAACGUGGCGAAGGAAAAGAACGGCAGGUACAGACACCGAAAGUUUCAUGGAAAGAGGCCGCCGUGAUUCAACCUGUGACUGCCACCCGCCUCAAAAAGAAAGCGAGACGGGCGCACUGUAACUACAGCCGAAGGAGGACAUAUCAAACUCAGCACUAUACACUAUAUGGGGAAAAGCACAUUGUUUUUUGGUAUUGUGUACAGUCGAUGAACCAAACUAUUUUUUUAAUUUGAGAAAAAAAAGUUAAGUAUUGUAAACCUGUCAAACUAUUUCUAAAGGGAAGAUUGGUGGACAUGUCUGCGAUGUAGAGCGGGCAAAACAAAGUGCUGCUGCUCCAGAGUGGUGUUUAUGAUAAUUCAGGUGCCAACAGAAAAGGGUUAUUCAUACUCGGUUAAUGUGACGGCUCUCUUUGAAAGGGUAGUACAGUAUGUCACACUCUACAAAUCAAAGGAGAAAAUAUGUAUUAAGACACAAUUGUGUUUACACAGGCAAAAGGAAAUGCACAUGUAUUUUGUCGACAGUCACGCUACCUAAAUAUGAAUGAAAGUAUCUUUGACGUUGACCAGUUAUGCUGCCCUGUUUCUCAGUGUUUACUUUACAGAUUUAUCAAAGAAUUCAACACUUAAGAAAAGGUUUAUCUGUCAUAUACUGUAUUUUGUUUAAAAAAUAAUCUACAUGAAAGCACUCAUGUCACGUCAGAGAUGACUGAGAUUGUAUUUUUUAAAGCUUUACAUUGAGUAUGACUGCACUUGAGCAAAAUGUGCAAUGAAUUAAUUAACAAUUAAAUGUACUGAACAAAU